UUUUUGCAUAAGAUCUGUAUCCUGCGACGAGAUAUGAACUCGGGAACCUAAACUAUAAACACACCAAUCCACACUCAUUAAACUUUGAAGCGAAUGAUAUGAACUUGGGACCUAAAAAAUGAACACUCGGGGAGUGUUAACGCGAGAAUCAUUGUAUUAUGCUGAUCAAUAAUACGAAGUUAGACAACGAGGCCGAAUUGACACUAGCGUAACUGCACACGAUUGAUUGCGUUAUCCUGAUUGAUAACCCCAACUCGUCAACGAGGCGGGGCCUGAUUAUUAUAAAGGCUAUCAUUAACACAACCACACCCACUCGUAUAAAUUAAUACGGUUACCUCUCUAAUUAGCAUAGUUACACGCAUAAUUACACGUAUUAACAUAAUUUUGGAUUAAUUAUGCAAAUUUCGAAUUUCAUUUAAUUUUAAUUAUUUUCAUCAAUUUUCACACACCCACAUAUACAACAAAUUGGGGGCUCGUGUCCGGGAUCUCUCGCAGACAGUUUAUGCUUAAAUUAAGGAACGAAUCACUGUUGUAUUAAUCAAGGUAUUGUGAACUAACAUUGCCCUGUGACUGUAAACGGUGUAAAACAAACAAAAAAACGCACUCUGAAGGAAAAUACCAGAGUAGCAGUGGAUAACAAAGACAGUGGGGGUAAGAUUAUUUGCUCGAGUUUAACCAACACAUCCUGUGAUACGAAUGUUUUUAUAUGUACUCUGAAGUGGAAUUCCAGAGUAACUCACGCCACACAUAAGAGACUAGAGUUAAGAUACACUCUUAGGUCUAUUAACUACACUACGUAAUAGAGAUGGCACAUGACCCGCAACGUUCUGAGGGUGACAUCCCAACGCAUAACACUGAUACAGAAUGGACCUCCGAGAAGGAGAUAGAAUCUAUGGAAAAACAAUAUCGUGAAUUUGUGUUAAAACGUACUGGACGGACUGCUAGACAGCAGACAGAGCAGAGAGACGUAUGGGAGGGGAGACAUAGAAGAUGUUAAGGCACAUAGGAGGAAACUACUUAAGGAUGUGAUGAAAUGUAGCAAAGCCAAACGUGACGUAAAAAUUGCAGAAAUAGCAAGGUUAGACUCGUAUCUCCUCACACAGACAGACAGAGAAAGAUUAUGGACUGGGGAAAAAUUUGACAGGGAAAGGAAGGAGAAACUGUCCCUAAUAGAGGAGGUAGAGCGUCUGCACGCCCUCGUGAGAGAAAAAGAGUCGGCGCUGAAUGCACCAGCGGGACCCCCAGACGUCGGUACACAGAACACAUACGGGAGUAACAGUUUACCACACUCCGAGCCAUGCGGACGUAGCCAAGGGCCAGAUCCCACAAAAAGUAUGGCUACCACGCAAAGCGAUUUUGAUAAAGGAACCCCCUCGCAAAUCGAGGAGAGGGAAGGGGAAAUACGGACACAAACAGGAAAACAGGAGGCCGACCACCCCGAGGUUAAAGAGAGCCAAAAUAUUAACCCUAAGUCACCAGGGUAUUCUGUACUGAUAGAGCGACAAAGGGCGGAGCUGGGGCGAAACGAGCAACAUGACAUAGACAACUCACCAGAAAGACGCACGCUACGCAAGUACGAUCGACAUGAUGCAGAUGACAGAGACGGCUCACUUGGUAGACUCCUUCCACGCAAGCACGACCGACGUGGAAUCUAUGGCAGGGACUACUCUCCGGAGAAGCACUCCUCACGCAAACAUGACCAACCAGUUCCAGAUAGCUCAGUCAGCUCACCAGAAAGACGCACGCUACGCAAGUGCGACCGACAUGGUGCAGAUGACAGAGACAGCUCACUUGGAAAACGCACCUCACGUAAGCAUGACCGACGUGGAACCUACAGCAGGGAUCACUCUCCAGGAAGGCGUACAUCACGCCAACAUGACCAAUCAGAUGCAGAUAGCUCAGACAGCUCACCAGAGAGACGCACCUCACGCAAACGUGACCAACACAACACGGGUACAAGAGACAGCUCACCAGAGAAACGCACGACACUUAAAAAUUCCCAACGCAAAACCACCCGCACCACAGAUGACAAACACAGGAAUCCCGACAACCAUGUAGCACAAGACAAACAUAAACACAGCACAUCACCUAGCAGCCACCACACACGUAGUAGACGGCGUGAAGGUCAAGGACAAAAACACUCGCCACAUAGACACAGCUCAAGGAGAUCACGCACACCAACCCACAGGCAUGGAUCACACGACCCACAUAAGAGAAAUAAGGGACACAAGCCACGGGACCGAUACGAAUCCUCGGACAGAGGGAGAUCACGACACAGACACGGGAAACAUGACAGUAGUGAUAGCGAAGGCAGGGACAGCUCGAGUGACAAUUCCUCUGAAUCUGACGCCUCUGACGAUGAUCAACUGUCCGAAUACUCAUUCAGUAGACGCGACUGGGAUACAAAACUACCCCUGGUCUUGAUGGCCAUGCGAGCCACACCCAACCGAGCUACGGGCAGGACACCCUUCGAGAUCAUGACAGGGAGACUAAUGACCCUCCCAGUGCACCUGCUGUAUGUCCCAGCGGAGGACGAGACCCCGACGGCAAUGACGCCAACUGAAUACCUGUCGGGACUGAAUAGUCACCUACAGAGCACAUUCGCUAUGGUCAGAGACCAGUUGCAAGAAGAGGCUCAGGGGAGCAAAGCAUACUACGACCGAAAAGCCAGCCACACAGAAUAUCAGCUAGGAGACCAGGUGUUGUACCUCAAUUACGAGAAGAGAAAGCAGAAGUGCAGGAAGUUCCUCCCUUCCUGGACAGGACCACAUGAGAUUGCUGACAAAAUGUCCCCAGUCAUAUAUCAGUUAAAAAUCACAAAAACAGGGAGAGAGCAGCAGUACAAGUGGGUGCACAUCAAUCAAAUCAAACCGUACCCUGUGCUGGUGGAGCAAGAGCAGGAAUAA